UUAUAAAACUGACAUUUAUUAAGAAAAGAAGAAAAAACAGAAGAAAUAUUAAAAUUUCCAAAAAAUUAACAAAUUAUUACGAAUUUCUUAAAUAUUUUUAAUGUAUUAAAUAGAUUUUAAUACAAAAAAAAAUGGCUAAUAGCUAUGAAAUACCUUCAUGGGCCGGUAAGCCACCAACUGGUUUGCAUUUGGAUGUUUUAAAGGAUGAUAAACUUGUGCAGAAACUAAUGGUGGACGAAAAGAAAUGUUAUUUAUUUGGUCGUAAUGCUCAAAUGAAUGAUUUUUGCAUAGAUCAUGCUUCCUGUUCGCGAGUACAUGCAGCUUUUGUGUAUCACAAACAUUUGAAUAUUGCAUAUUUGGUGGACUUGGGUUCUACUCAUGGAACUUAUAUAGGCACCAUGCGUUUGGAGGCUCAUAAACCUACACAGCUGCAUGUUAAUAGUACUUUUCAUUUUGGUGCCUCUACUAGGCGCUAUAUUUUACGUGAAAGACCCUCGGCCGGCCAACGUAAUAGCAUAAUGGAGGAUAUACCCAUGAAUGAAACUAGUGAUGGAGCAUUAUUGGGUUUGCCCGAAACACAAACGGAAUUGGAUAAUCUCACGGAAUAUAAUACUGCACAUAAUAGAAGAAUUUCCAUGCUAGGCAUAGCAGAUGAUAUAAGAAAGAAAACGUCACGCAAACGACGCAAUGUUACCUUUAACGAUGAGGAAAUCAUUAUAAACCCUGAAGAUGUCGAUCCUAAUGUGGGUCGUUUUCGCAACUUAGUACAAACCACUGUGGUGCCGGCUAAACGAGCUCGUUACGAUGGCUCUAAUAUGGGCAUAUCGGCUACUAACACAACAGCCUCAACAGCUAGUCACAAUAAUCUUACACACACUAGCAGCCAUCAGUUAUUCCAGCAAAAUUAUCAGGAACACAUGAAAAGUCUUGGUAAUAAUCCCAAUUCACCUACAAAUGCUACAACUUCCUCGCCCACAUCUUUGUAUCAGGGUUUACCGGCUGCCAGUGCACAUGAUAGUCAUGCUACCUCUAGAGCUACAUCAGCAGAAUUUGAUGUUUCUGGACCUUUAGCAAUUGGUGCCAAGCUGGGAUUGCUGUUACCAAAUCCAGCACCGGAUGUAACACCUAUAGCUGAGACGAUCAGUGCGGCGCCUAUGAAUUCUGCUGUGGCACACAAAUUAGCUUUGGCUAAUGCAAAUGUACGCUAUGAGGAUGCUAAUCAUCAUCAUCAUCAUAUCGCCACCGAUGUGUCUAAUAGUUCUGGUCCACAAAAGAAGAAAUAUGCCAAAGAAGCUUGGCCUGGACGUAAACCAAUGCUGGGUUCUUUAUAACACAAAUUUGUUUAAAUAUGAUUUCAUUACAAUUAAUUAUA